GGUCUUCUACGAAGACAAACAGAAGGCCUUUCUCUCUCUUUCUCUUUCUCUUUCUCUCUCGACGAUUAGGGUUUUGCUGUUGCAAUCUGUUUGGAAACCCUAACCGGAGACCUGCCAUUCGUUGAUGGAGCACGGCGGGGGCUUCCACCGGAGCGAGGCGAUAUCCGCCGUCCAGGACGAGGAACAGUUCUUCGGGGAGGACGACGAGUACGACGACCUCUACAGCGACGUUAACGUCGGGGAGGGGUUCCACCAAACCUUCCACGGGGGCGAAGACGCUGGUGGGUUCCAAGCCCGGGAUGAGCGACGGAGCGAGCUCCCGCCACCGCCUCCGGCUCCGCCGCCGACGCGACCGGUGGUUGAGCCGUCGGAGAUGGUCCAGAUACCCGGGAUCGCCACGGAGCCGAAGAUCGAGCGCUUCUCUGAUAGAUCCGGCGGUUUCCCGGACCCGCGGGUGUGUGGAGGCGGUGAACCGGUGGGUGGGGCGAGACAGGGGGCGCUGCCUCCUCCCCCGCCACCGGCAGCGGCGGCGAGUGCAGGCAGAGCUGAUCUUAGUCAGUCUGCCGGCAGAUCUGUCCCGAUCCAGGGCCAUAAUGGGAACAACAGCUUCGCCGACGAGGGUUUUCAGAGGCAAGGGGGUGGCUAUGGGAACGAGGGUUUCCAGAGGCAAGGACGUGGCGGAGGCGUAGUCGUCGCCAAUGGUGCAGGGGACGCAGGUGGCAGUGGCGGAGCAGGAGUUGGUGGGACCACUCUUUUCGUCGGGGAACUCCAUUGGUGGACGACGGAUGCAGAGCUGGAGGCAGAGCUCUGCAAGUAUGGGCAGGUGAAGGAAGUGAAAUUUUUUGAUGAGAGGGCGAGUGGGAAAUCGAAAGGCUACUGUCAGGUUGACUUCCAUGAUCCAAUGGCUGCAGCAGCCUGCAAGGAUGGUAUGAAUGGGCAUUUGUUCAAUGGUAGACCAUGUAUUGUGGCAUUGGCUUCACCACACACUGUUCGUCGAAUGGGUGAGAACCAAGUGAACAAGAACCAGCCGGCAUCGUCCCAGUCACAGCCGCCGGCACCUGCACAGAAGGGUAGAGGAGGUGGCGGGCCUUCAGCUGGUGGCACUUUUGGACGUGGCGGUGGUGGUAGUGGAGGCGGUGGCGGUGGCAAUUGGGGAAGAGGUGGUAUGGGGAACCGAGGGCCAAUGGGUAAUAUGAGGAACAGGAUGGGUCCGGUUGGUGGAAGGGGUAUUAUGGGCAAUGGUGGAAUGGUUGCCCCACCGCCACCUAUGUUGCAUCCUGGAGCUAUGCUUGGUCAAGGGUUCGACCCAACUGGCUAUGGAGCAGCAAUGGGUAGAAUGGGUGCUGGCUUUGGUGGUUUUCCUGUGGGUGCUACUGGGGCUCCUUUUCCUGGAAUGAUGCCUUCAUUCCCCCCUAUUGUGGCUCCCCAUGUCAAUCCUGCUUUCUUUGGGCGGGGACUGCCACCUGGUGGCAUCGGGAUGUGGUCCGACCCGAAUAUGGGUGGAUGGGGAGGUGAAGAGCAGGCGAGCUAUGGGGAAGAUGCUGCUUCUGAUCAGCAGUAUGGAGAAGGGAGCCAUGGGAAGGAUAGGAUGGCCGAAAGGGAUCGUUAUGGUGCUCUAGACAGAAAAGCGGAAAGGGAUAAAGAUAUGGGUUCUGGGCAAGACUGGCUAGAGAGACGAUACUCUGAUGAGAGGGAAAGGGAUGCUGGGAGAGAUAAAGAAAUGGGUCGGGAGAGGGAUCGUUCUCGGGAGAGGGAAAGGGAUAGGGAGAGAGACAGAGAAAGAGAUAGAGAAAGAGAUAGGGAACCUGAUCGUGAACGUGAUAGGUUUCGAGAUGACAGAGAUCGACAUGGGGAUCGCCACAGGCACAGGGAUCGUGAGCCAGGGCGUAAUGAUAACUGGGACAGAGGAAGAUCAUCUAGGCCUCAUAGCAAGUCUCAGGAGGUUGAACAUUCCAAGAGGCAUCGUCCAUCACCUGAAUGAUUUAGGCCCUGUGCAACUUUCUCAACUCAGAAUGUUGUUGAGCUGUUAAGCAUAUGUUUUAGUAGUUGCUUUACUGCCAAGUUCAAGAAACCUCUUGUUGAUAAUCCUUGCAAGGGUCUGCUUGUCAUGUUACUGAAGAACCGGAAGACACUUAUAUCAGUUGAGCGACAUUUUGUGGGGCUCUUCCUCGUGCUGUCAGAGAUCUUCCAGAUAUUGAGAUUGUGACUUGAACUGUUGGUGCAUCACAUUAAAACUAAAAACGAACUACUUGGUGGGUUACUGAAUCUGAUAAAUGGUCCACACUUCAACUAUGGUGGUCCUUGAAGAGCUGGUCGGAUUGUAGCUUUAGUCAGACACCAUGAAAUGUUGGAUUUGGUUGUUGUUAAUCACUGUUUUUAUUCUUCUUGUUGGUUGAUCGAUAGGGUGAUGCCCACUUCAUUUCUUAGAUAUGGCAGUUACCCUUUCUUUUUUUUUGUUGUAACGGGUCAAUAGAUUAGGUGAUUUCCAAGCCGUUCAUUAGAUAUUGGCAAUGAUUGAGCAUUCUUCUCGAUGUAAAAUUUGGCUGCAUGCCAUGAUGCUCAAUCUUUUUCAAAACCUAUGUUGAUGUUUUCUGGAGUCAGUUGUCUACUCAAUGAUUGCCUGGUCUUCAUUCAAUGACCCAUGUAAAAGUGCUGUUUCAAACAGUACAUCAUAUUGUAGUGCUGGAUGGGUAGCAUGUCGGAUGGUGUCAAUCUUUGAAGCGUAAUGUUGUUGUAUAUUUGCACUAUGUUGUAGCAUUUUGUUGUCAGCCAUGGUUGUAUCAGGUCGGCUGAUGGACAUCUAUAGCUAGAGUAGAAGAAGUUAUAUUUGUACAAAUGGGUGAGGAAUUAAUUUUUGGUUUGGGUCCAUUUGUCUUUUUGAUGUAGCAUGUAUUAGGCUGUUUGGACUUGAUGAUAACACGGAUGUCAGCUCUGACUACAAGGAAAUGCUCUACUGUGGUUAGAAUGGGUAAAAUAUGAAAAUGUAGAUGGCUGCAGUGAGUUGCUUUGAUCGGCCAAAGAUGCUAUUGCUGAAUGCCUUGACUCACCUGGUUAAGUGUUGUAGAGUAACAGAACUCAAGUUUGUAUAGGUGUCUGAUUCCAAUUUUUUGUUUCUAUUAGGAUCAAAAACUGAUCCAUCAUCCAUCUCUUUUGUUCUCUUUCUAUGAUGAUCUCAGGCUUUUGUUUGAGAUGUUUGAAUUAAUGCAUUUAAUGAAGUAUGUUCAUAAAUGGUAUAUAAUGCUGGUUCUUUUA